AAGCCUCAGCAUAAUAUAUUUCAUACCCACAACCAACCAUAAUAAAACUCCCUUCUGCCGCAGUAUCCCCAAACCUUAAAUUCCCUUUUGCCUCAGUUUAGUAUUCCAAUAUCAUGGUCGCUGCCAUUGAGCUCACGUCGGGUCAAGACCAUACCUUGACGAUGGCUUCACGCCACAAUACAUCAAAGAUCGAGAAAUCUCUGUGCAAGGUAUCGGAGAUGGAUAAAUCUCUGCGCGAACUGGGCGAGAUAUGGGAGAUGGAGAAUUCUCAUGGCGAACCGGGCAAGAUAUCAGAGAUGGAGAAAUCUCUAGCCGCGCUUUUGUCCCACCAAAUCCAACUGGUCCAUUUGAAGAAAUUAAUAUGGGACGAGCUUUGCUUCAGUAGGGCUGGCAGUUGCAAACAUGGGACCGUUCAUCCUUACCCAAGCUUGCCCAUGGAGGGGAUGACGGUAAAUCAGGGGGGCCAAGAUAGAUCUGUGUUUUUAAUGGUAACUUUCGAUGGGGGCAAAUACACCGGUGCCAUAUAUGAAGUUAAAUUCAAAUUCGGAGGAGAAGUGGAUGAUAUGGGCGGAGGAGGAGCACCUAAACCUGUAGCCACAUUCAGUGAUUUUAACGUUCGGGGUGCAAGGAUUUUUGACCGCUCCGAACUAUAUGUAUUUACAGACGAGGAUUGGGAUAAACCUGACCUUAGUUCAUUCAGAGGGUCUAUCUUUAAUAUGAAAACUAGGAAAUUAGAUUCCUUCACACCUUCUACCGUACAGUUUAAGCCGCGUGGAACAGUUGUGUCGGCAUAUGGCACACUUUAUUUUCUUGAAGCCAAGGGACGAAGUCGGAGUCUAGGUUUUGGGAAAUACAAUCCUGAUAAGAAGGAUUGGGUGCGACUGCCUUUGUUUCCAUUUUCUUAUGAAUACAUUAUGAAGGUAACUGGUUAUGCCGUUUGUUACGGCCUUAUUUUGUAUACAUUGUGUGACAGACACCGAAAAUUGGAUGUCGUUGCUUUUCACGUGGGGACAAAUAAUUGGAAACGAGUGCAAACUAACACUUAUAUUCCUUUCCGAGGGAGGGCUGUGGUUGUAGGCGAGACUAUCUAUGCCUUAAAUAUGCUUGAGGUGGAUGAGAUUAUAGCAUACUCCUUGGAGAGGAAGGUAAAUGAUGACGGUGAUAUUGCAUAUUCACUAGUGCAACUGUAUAGAUUGAACGGCCUUGAGAUUGCUGAUCCCCCAUUGCAAUUUGGUGAAUUUGUGACUGACUAUUUGGUUCAUCUGGGGAAUCAAGACUUAGUUCAUGUUAAGACUGGCAAGCCUCAGCAUAAUAUAUUUCAUACCCACAACCAACCAUAUAAAAACUCCCUUCUGCCGCAGUAUCCCCAAACCCUAAAUUCCCUUUUGCCUCAGUUUAGUAUUCCAAUAUCAUGGUCGCUGCCAUUGAGCUCACGUCGGGUCAAGACCAUACCUUGA